CGCAGUUGGGGACCAUGUGGGCCGCGAUCUGCCGGAGCCGGGCUGCAUGGACGCGGGCGCUGCUGCUGCCGCUGCUGCUGGCGGGGCCUGGGGGCUGCCUACGCAGCCAGGAGCUCUUCCCCUUCGGGCCGCUACACGGGGACCUGGAGCUGGAGCCCGGCGACGACCGCGUCUCCCCCGCCCUGGAGCUGAGCACCGCGCUGCGCUUCUUCGACAAAUCUGACAUCCACUCGGUCUACGUCACCACCAAUGGCCUCAUUGCCACGAGUGAACCGCCGGCCGAGGAAGCCCAUCCUGGGCUCUUCCCUCCGACCUUCGGUGCCGCGGCACCUUUCCUGGCCGACCUGGACACCACAGGUGGCCUUGGGAAGGUCUACUAUCGAGAGGACUCGUCCCCCUCCGUCACUCAGCUGGCAGCGGAGUGUGUCCAGAGAGGGUUCCCGGAAGUCUCUUUCCAGCCCAGAAGUGUGGUGGUUGUCACCUGGGAAUCCGUGGCCCCCUACCGCGGGCCCAGUGAGGACCCUGCCCAGGAUGACAAGAGAAACACAUUCCAGGCUGCUCUGGCCUCCUCUGAGUCCAGCUCCUACGCCGUUUUCCUUUAUCCUGAGGACGGUCUGCAGUUCACGACAACGUUCUCAAAGAAGGACAAGAGGCAGGUCCCCGCUGUGGUCGCCUUCAGCCAAGGGCCAGGGCUGUGGAGCAGCGACGGCGCUUUCAAUAUAUUUGCCAACGACAGAGAAUCACUUGAAAAUUUGGCCAAGAGCAGCAACUCUGGGCAGCAGGGCAUCUGGGUGUUUGAGAUCGGGAGUCCGGCCACAGCCAGUGGUGUGGUGUCCUCAGACGUGAACCUCAGAACAGACGAUGACGAAGAGUAUGAUGAUGAAGAUUAUGACUCGGUGACAAGUCUGGGCCCGGAGGAUGUGGGCACCACAUCCAUCCCCUAUGAGGCCCCAAGAAGGGGAGACGCUGGUGCACACAGCACGCACAGAGUCUUCUCCCCCCGCCGCCUGGCCACCGACAGACCCGCCGGGCCUCCCACCGAGAGGACCAGGUCUUUCCAGUUGCCCGUGGACAGGUUCUCCCAGCAGCACCCACAGGUCAUACAUGUGGAUGAAGUUGAGGAAACAGAAGUUGUUUUCAGCUACAACACGGAUUCCCGCCCGACGUGCGCCAACAGCAGGCACCAGUGUUCGGUGCACGCGGAGUGCAGGGACUUCGCCACCGGCUUCUGCUGCCGCUGCGUGGCCGGCUACACCGGGAGCGGCCGGCAGUGCGUGGCCGAAGGUUCCCCACAGCGAGUUAAUGGCAAGGUGAAGGGGAAGAUCUUUGUGGGGAGCAGCCCUGUCCCCGUCGUGUUUGAGAACACUGACCUGCACUCCUACGUGGUCAUGAACCACGGGCGCUCCUACACGGCCAUCAGCACCAUCCCGGAGACCGUGGGCUAUUCCCUGCUUCCCCUGGCCCCUGUUGGGGGCAUCAUCGGAUGGAUGUUCGCAGUGGAGCAAGACGGAUUCAGGAAUGGGUUCAGCAUCACAGGGGGCGAGUUCACCCGCCAGGCUGAGGUGACCUUCGUGGGGCACCCGGGCAAGCUGGUCAUCAAGCAGCGGUUCAGCGGCAUCGACGAGCACGGACACCUGACCAUCGACACGGAGCUGGAGGGCCGCGUGCCGCAGAUCCCGGUGGGCUCCAUGGUGCACAUCGAGCCCUACACGGAGCUGUACCACUACUCCCGCGACGUGAUCACAUCCUCCUCCACGCGGGAGUACACCGUGACAGAGCCUGAGCGGGAUGGUGCUGCCCCUUCGAGCAUCUACACUUACCAGUGGCGCCAGACCAUCACCUUCCAGGACUGUGUCCAUGACAGCUCCAGGCUGGCCCUGCCCAGCACCCAGCAGCUCUCGGUGGACAGCGUGUUUGUCCUGUACAACCAGGAGGAGAGGAUCUUGCGCUAUGCUCUGAGCAACUCCAUCGGGCCUGUGCGGGAAGGCUCCCCGGACGCCCUGCAGAACCCCUGCUACAUCGGCACUCACGGGUGCGACACCAACGCGGCCUGCCGGCCCGGCCCCGGGAACCAGUUCACCUGCGAGUGCUCCAUCGGCUUCCGAGGAGACGGACGCACCUGCCAUGAUAUCGAUGAGUGCUCAGAGCAGCCCUCGGCCUGUGGGAGCCACGCCAUCUGCAAUAACCACCCGGGGACCUUCCGCUGCGAGUGUGUGCAGGGCUAUCGGUUUUCGGAGGCGGGAACGUGCGUGGCUGCCAUGGACCAGCGCCCUAUCGACCACUGCACCACGGGUCUGCAUGACUGUGACAUCCCCCAGCGGGCCCAGUGUGUCUACACGGGAGGCUCCUCCUACACCUGCUCCUGUUUGCCAGGCUUCUCAGGGGACGGCCGCGCCUGCCAAGACGUGGACGAAUGCCAGCCGAGCCGCUGCCACCCUGAUGCCUUCUGCUACAACACCCCGGGCUCCUUCUCAUGCCAGUGCAAGCCGGGUUAUCGGGGAGACGGCUUCCGCUGCGUGCCUGGAGAAGUGGAGAAGACGCGCUGCCAGCUGGAGCGAGAGCACAUCCUCGGGGCGGCAGGCGUGGCGGGCCCACAGCGACCCCUGCCCCUGGGGAUGUUUGUCCCGGAGUGCGACCAGCACGGGAACUAUGUGCCCACCCAGUGCCAUGGCAGCACCGGCUACUGCUGGUGCGUGGACCGCGACGGCCGUGAGCUGGAGGGCACCAGGACCAGGCCCGGGAUGAGGCCCCCCUGUCUGAGCACCGUGGCUCCCCCGAUUCACCACGGACCCUCAGUUCCUCCCGAAGUGAUCCCUCUGCCCCCCGGGACCCACUUACUCUUCGCCCAGACUGGGAAGAUAGAGCGCCUCCCGCUGGAGGGAAGCACCAUGAAGAAGGCGGAAGCCAAGGCUUUGCUGCAUGCCCCGGAUAAAGUCAUCAUCGGACUGGCCUUCGACUGUGUGGACCAGAUGGUUUACUGGACCGACAUCAGCGAGCCUUCCAUCGGGCGGGCCAGUCUGCGUGGCGGGGAGCCGGCCUCCAUCAUUCGGCAAGAUCUCGGAAGCCCGGAAGGCAUUGCCCUUGACCACCUUGGCCGCAACCUCUUCUGGACGGAUUCUCGCCUGGAUCGAAUCGAAGUUGCAAAGCUGGACGGCACCCAGCGCCGGGUGCUGUUUGAGACCGGUUUGGUGAAUCCCAGAGGCAUCGUGACAGACUCCAUGAGAGGGAACCUCUACUGGACAGACUGGAACAGAGACAACCCCAAAAUUGAAACUUCUUACAUGGACGGCACAAACCGGAGGGUCCUCGUGCAGGACGACCUGGGCCUGCCCAACGGGCUGACCUUUGAUGCCUACUCAUCCCAGCUCUGCUGGGUGGAUGCAGGCACCAACCGGGCCGAGUGCCUGCAGCCGGGUCAGCCCGGCAGACGCAGGGUCCUCGAGGGGCUCCAGUAUCCCUUUGCCGUCACGAGCUUCGGGAAGAAUCUGUAUUACACGGACUGGAAGACGAAUUCUGUGGUCGCUGUAGAUCGUGCUGUUUCCAAAGAGACGGACACCUUCCACCCCCACAAGCAGACCCGACUGUACGGCAUCACCACCGCCCUGUCUCAGUGUCCCCAAGGUCACAACUACUGCUCAGUGAACAAUGGCGGCUGCACCCACCUCUGCCUGGCCACCCCAGGAGGCAGGACCUGCCGUUGCCCUGACAACACCCUGGGAGUUGACUGCAUAGAGCGGAAAUGAAGAGUGUCUGGUUCCCUCACCCGGUAUUUCACAGCAACACCCUACUUAAAAGGGUCCAGACUGAAACCGUCUGACCUGGUGGCUGGGUGGCCGCCAGCCUGAGCCUCAACAACAUUUCCCUCACU